CGUGUUCACUGCACACCUCACCACCACCACCACCAGUCUGUCCACACAGUGAACAGCUGCUCAGACUGAGACUGUGUUAGACUGCUGUGCUGAGACUCUGAGGUCUGACUGUCUCUGUGUGGAGGAGAAGAAAGAGAGAGAGAGAGGAGAACUUCAACCUGAGGGGAGCAGGACUCAACCAAACUCACCACCAUGGGAUUAUCUUCAUCCAAUCUGCUGGAUGAAAACAAAUCCAACACGAUUAAAGGACGGGCACAGGCAGAGCUGAAGAACUUUGCGCCCUUCUACAAGAAGCAGUACACCCUGGCCUACUUGUCCCACAUCCAUGAAGAGCUGGUCCAACGCAAAGAGCAGCACACGCAACUACUCAAACAGAGGGAGCCACCUGGAGCAGGAAAUGUGUUAUAUGAAGACCAUGUUGUAUACUUCGAUGACAACAGGAAGUGGAAGGAAAGGUAUGCGGUGGUGCGAGCCAAUUACUCCCUGGAGUGCCACGAGAGCUAUGAAACAUAUGUGAAGGGAACACCUCCACUAUUUAAACUGCUACCAACUGGAGGCACCUCUCUGACUUCAGAGGAGACAUACAUGCAGAUGGUGGACAAGUGUUUCCCUGACACUAACAAUACAAAGGAGGACUUUGCUCCACCAGUGGCGGCUAUGCCAGGAGAUUUCCCAGUCUACCUCCGACUGCCGUACCGUAGAGAUUACUAUUUCUGCUUCUACCAGGAGGACAUGCAAACCAAAUUCAUUUCCAUCUUAUCCGACUGCAUUCGUCACCAGAACCAAGACUUCCUAAAGAAGAAGACAUGUGAGGUGCAGGCCUUUGUCAAAGCCAUCCAUCUGUACAGACAGGAGAAGGGGCACUAUGAAAUGUGGGAUAUGCUGAUUGGCAGUGAUGUGCGAGUGCUGGCAAAUCUAAUAAUGGAGGACUUGCUGCCAACCCUAGAGAAAGAUCUGCUCCCACGCCUGAAGGCCAAGAAGAUGGAAAAGAAGAGAGUGUGGUUUGCUACUGUAGAGGCAGCGUAUUACCUGGUGCAGGAGACCCUGAUGGAGGGCAUGACGGCUCUGAAGGAUGAAUGCAAAGAGUAUGCCAAGCAGAAAAGUGCACUAAUGCGUUCCGACAUGGAUCAGAUCAUGAACUCCAGAACCUUCCUGGAAAGCAAACUCAAAGCCACAGUAGCUGAACCAGCCACCAAGUACUGCAUGGAGCACGUAGAGCCCCACCUGCCAGCCAUUCUGGAGGAGGUGAUGGGCCCCAUCAGCCAGGGCUUUAAGGAGGCACGGGAGCUGAGCGAGUCCAUGAUGGAGCAGCUGUGUCAGGACUACAAGGACAGCAUGAACAAAGAUGAGCUUCAUCAGGCUUUAGAGGCGAUGAAAAAACCAAACUUACAGACGUGUUAUGAGAAAGUGAGCAGCCUGCAAGAUCAUAUCCAAGAGUUACAGCAAAGCUUCAGCUACCCCAACAGCAAACGACUGGAGCACAGCACUCAGAUAGAUAUACAACAGCUGGUGGAGAAUGUGGCGUACACAUAUGAGCUUCUUCUGCACAAAGCUGAGCAGGAAAACAGGAACUUGGCAGAGGCAAUGGUGAAAGCCAAACACAGGGUUCUAAAGCAAUAUGACUAUGACAGCAGUACAGUGAGAAAAAGGAUCUUCCAAGACGCUCUGAUCAACAUCACUUUACCCAGCAUUAAAGCCCACCUGGCUCCUACCUUCAAAAAGGAAUUACCAACAUAUGAGCAGUACAUAUUUGCCGACUACGUCCCCUUCAUCAAUGUGGAGAACGUCUAUGAGGACAUCCUGCAGCAGAUACUGGAAAAGGAAGUGAGCACAGUGGUGAAGGAAGCGGCCAGCAUGAAGAAAUACGACUUGUUCACAGAGUCCAGGUACAACUUCAGUGUCUCCAGCCUGCACUCCACCCCGCCAGGUUCAAUACCUGGCAGCCCAGCCCACAUCAGCACCUCCCCAUCCAGGAAACACACCAUGCCUCCAUCGCCUCUGCUGACCAAUGGCACUGUUCGAGAACCAGCAGCCCAGGUGGUGCUGCAGAAGCUUAAAGCUGUGGAGCAGGAGGUGGAGGUACAGGCAGUCGAAACUGGGGAAAAAAACAAACUGGAAGAGAAAAGAGAGAAAGAGGUUUCCACAGUUCCUUCCUCUGUACCUGCAACACAAACAGUGCAGCCAACAUUAAUGGAGGAGACUGUUGAAGCCAUACCUGCAGCCACUGAAGAAAACACUAAAGUUAAAUCUGCUUUAGCAUCUUUCCUCUCCACAGAAACAGCAGCACCAUCUGGAACAACAACAACUGAAAUCCCUCUAGCUGUUCUAAAGGCUGUGGAACCAGUAGCAAAUGGGACAGCACCAAUCCAGUCUUAUUCUACAGAAGACAUGACAGAGCGUUUGGAUGGAUUGGCACAGAAAAAUGAACCUCCAACUGCCACCAUUCAUCCCUCCACAGAAGCCAAGAGCAAUGCUAAUGCUAAUAUUAGCAUUUCCUCAGCUCCUCAAGUUGCUUUACAAGGCCCAGGACCUUGUUCUAAUGAGGCUUCAGUUGAAGCCCCCUCUACUGUAGAGGAGGAAAAGAGCAGCUCCCUUGCAGAGGCUGAGGCCUCAGUAGAAGAUCCUCUUCUUCUUGAUCUCGGAGAGAGCGAUACGACACUAGACGUGUUCCCUUCUGAUGACGUGUCAUGGGGGACAGACAAUGAGAGAGAGGAGGUGGAGAGCGCCAAGGGAGAUGAGCCACAGUCAGAACUCACAGUGGAGGAAAGUGAACUCUACACAACGGAUGAAUUCAUCAUAGGAAAUUGCGAAUCCACUGAAGAUGCUGAGGAAGUUUUUACACACAACGCUGCAGACGACUCUGAAUCUGAGGACAACGCCAGCACUGGAUCACCAGAAGACGGUAAAAAAAAUCCCCAGCCUACAGCUCUAGAAGCAACACCACAGUCCCAGCCCGCUUCCUGCACCGAGCAACCAGCAGAAACCCCCACAGUGGCACAGCCUGAGGCCAGACCCCUGGACUGCAUCAAGGAGAUCCGUGAUCUGGUGGUGGAAGUUAUCGAAGUGGAGGAAGUGGUCCAGAGGUAUCCUGAUGAUGGAGAAGUAUGAGCAGAGACUGCCAGACAAGUUGGACUUAAAAAUAAGAAAAAUAAGCAGAGAGGGUUGAUAGACAGUUUGAAGACAGUCGCUGUCAUGUGAGACCAAGAGACUUUUAGGUGUUCGAUGGGAAGCACUACAGUGGGUUUUUUUUUAAUGUAAAAUGUAUUAAUAUGUUAUAUGUAGGUGUAAGUUCAGAGGCCAUUUUACUGUUUUGUUUAAAGAAUGGUAUGGGUAACUCUCACUCAGUUAUGAAUGUAAUAUAUUGUCUUUUUUAAUCGUACAUUAUCUAUUGUAUGUAUUGCACUUAUGUAUUGCAAGCAAAUAUGUAUUUUAAAAAAGAUCUUUCUUCACAUAAACUGCAAAAUCUAAUUUAAGCAAACUAUAAACAUAUAAUGCCACCUUUAGAAACAUCUGUUACCAUUUGUAUUGCUUCUCACAGAUUCUACAGCACAGAAUCUUCUCUCAACACUACCUGUGAUUUUCUAUUACCUAUUUCUACCUUACCACCCACUACUAUGCUGCCCCUGUUGGAUAGGCUCACUUGCCCAAAACUAUACUAUAAGAGCCUAGCUGUAAGAUUGAGAAUUAAAUGUAUUUGUCGUAUUACAAGUUGUUUAGUUUGAUGUAUAAAUAAUACACUGCCAUUUAAAGGUUUGGACACACCUUGUCAUGCAGUGUUUUUCUUUAUUUCUUUAUUUAAUAUAUUUUCUACAUUGUAGAUUAAUAUUAAAGGCAUGAAAACAAUUAAGGGGCAUAUAUAUGUAUAUGUAAUUAUGUAGUAAACAGUAAAAAAAAGUGUUUGUUCACCACAUUAAUCCUCUAAUCUAAACCUGAUGAACUGAGAUGGUGAUUUGAGGUGAUUUAAUUGGGAUGAGCUGAAGCUUCACAGUGUGAAGGAAAAGCAGCAAGUAUUGUUCAGCACCUCCAGAAACUCCUUCAAGAUUCUGAGAAACUAUUUCAGGUGACUCUUAAUCAUAAAGACACUGAGAUUAAAAUGCCACGAGUGUGCAGAUCUGUCCUCAAAGCUAAAUGUGGUACUUAGAAUAAUAUAAACUAUAAAACAUAUUCUGUUUUUUUAUCUGUUUUUUAUUUACAAAGUAAUUCCACAUGUGUUCCUGUAUAGCUUUACUGUCUUUAAUAUUAAAUUUACAAGUAAGAAAAUACAUUAAAUCAGAAGAGGUGUGUCAAACCUUUGACAUAAUGUAAGUGUGUGAUUUUGUUCAGAUGCAGUUUUUCAUGUGCAUGUCCAACCUUACGAUUUUAAUGACAACUGAUUGGCUGGUUUAUUAAAGUCAAACUGCAUUGUUCUUUUUAAGUAUUUGUUGUAAUUAUCACUUAAAUAUAACCCUAAUAUUUUUUUACUGCAUAGUGCUGGUAUUCAGUUAAUGUGCAGGCUAGCGGACAUGAUGGUAAGCUUUCAGUCUAACAAAGACUUCAGCUGGCCUCCCCUACUUCACAGCAUUAGUUGUUGAAAGGCUUGUGCUAGUGAUUUGGAUGUAUGUACAUUUUGAGGGUGUAAAUAUAAUAUAAUAAAGUCUGUUAUGUGAUAA